UUCACUGUGGUCUUCAAAUAUAUUCAUAGGCACAAUAAUAUCAGAUGGCCGCCACCCAAAAUAAUGGAAACAUGAAGGAGGCUCUGUUCAAGGUUCCAGACAUCAAGUUCACCAAGCUGUUCAUCAAUGGAGAAUUCGUUGAUUCCGUUUCAGGUAAAAAAUUUGAGACAAUUGAUCCAAGAACUGGUGAAGUGUUUGCUAAGGUUGCCGAGGGAGACAAAGAAGAUGUCGAUUUGGCCGUCAAAGCUGCCCGUGAAGCCUUUGAUCAUGGUCCAUGGCCCCGGUUUCCGGGCUGCGAGAGGAGAAGAUUAAUGAUGAAGUUUGCGGACUUGAUUGAAGAGAAUGCGGAGGAGUUAGCGGCGUUGGAUGCAAUCGACGGCGGGAAGCUGUACGGGAUGGGUAAGGCGUUGGACAUUCCGGCGGCGGCGGGGACGUUGCGGUACUACGCCGGCGCGGCGGAUAAAAUCCACGGCGAGACGCUGAAGAUGUCGAGGUCUAUUCAGGGGUACACGUUGCGGGAGCCGGUGGGCGUUGCCGGAAUGAUCAUUCCUUGGAAUUUUCCGACAUCCAUGUUCUUCACAAAGGUUAGCCCUGCGUUAGCCGCAGGAUGCACAAUUGUUGUCAAACCUGCCGAGCAAACCCCCCUUUCAGCUCUUUUCUAUGCUCAUCUCGCCAAGAAGGCUGGUAUCCCAGACGGAGUGCUUAAUGUUAUAACAGGAUUUGGACCAACAGCUGGAGCUGCCAUUGCUUCUCAUAUAGACAUUGACAAAGUUAGUUUUACAGGAUCAACAGAAGUUGGGAAGUUAGUAAUGAAGGCUGCAGCAGACAGCAAUCUAAAACAAGUGACACUAGAGCUUGGAGGAAAGAACCCUCUCAUCAUUUUUGAUGAUGCCGACAUUGAAAUGGCCACAGGACUUGCUGUAUUUGGCAGCCUUUAUAACAAGGGUGAGGUUUGUGUUGCAAGCUCUCGUAUUUUCGUGCAAGAAGGAAUCUAUGAUGAAUUUGCAAAGAAAUUAGUAGAGAAGGUGAAAAUGACUGUGGUUGGUGAUCCUUUCGAUCCUUCAACCCAUCAAGGACCCCAGGUAGACAAAAAUCAAUAUGAGAAAAUAUUGUCAUAUAUCGAGCAUGGCAAGAGAGAAGGAGCCACAUUGUUAACAGGAGGCAAGCCUUGUGGUGAGAAGGGAUAUUACAUUGAGCCCACCAUCUUUUCAGAUGUCAAGGAUUCUAUGCUAAUUGCCAAGGACGAGAUAUUCGGUCCGGUGAUCUCAUUACUCAAAUUCAAGACGAUUGAGGAGGCCAUACAGAGAGCCAAUGCUACAAAAUAUGGGCUGGCGGCCGGCAUUGUGACCAAGGACUUGAACACUGCCAACACGGUUUCGAGGUCGAUUCGAGCCGGAGUUGUUUGGAUAAACUGUUAUCUGGCGUUUGAUUACGAUAUUCCUUAUGGGGGUUACAAGAUGAGUGGAUUUGGGAGAGAUUCAGGAAUGGAGGCACUUGAUCAGUACCUUCAAACCAAAUGUGUUGUAACUCCCUUGUACGAUUCCCCUUGGCUAUGAAUCCUCCCAAACACUUCGAUCCUUGAAUAACAUUUCGCAGUAUUACUAGUUGAAUAUCGCGUAUUGUGCCACUAAAUAAAUGUGUAACAAGAAAAGAUAGUAAAGGGAGAAUGACGAAAGUGGAAAGAGUUUGUUUAAAA